AUGGCUACAGCAACAACAACCGCAGCGAAGAGGAAACUCGUCGUCUGCGGCGGCAAUGGCUUUCUCGAGCAUCAUCAAGGAAGUCGGAUAUGCAAAGCUGCAGCCCACCGCGGCUGGUCCGUAACCUCCAUCUCCCGUUCCGGCACCCCCCACUGGUCCUCCGUCUCCUCGUCUCCCAAUCCCCCAGAAUGGUCCACCAGCGUAUCCUGGCAAAAAGGCGAUAUCCUCGACCCCUCUUCCUACACGCAACAUCUCGAAGGCGCAGACGCCGUAAUACACAGCAUGGGCAUCCUCCUCGAAGCAGAUUACAAGGGCGUGGUCAGCGGCAGGGAAAGCCCAAUCAAGGGUCUGCAACGCGCUUUCAGCGCUACAAAAGCAGGGACGCAGAACCCGCUAGAUAGAAAGGAAGGCGAGACGCUACGGCCUCAGGAGAGCGAUGGACAACUCACAUACGAAGUCAUGAACCGCGACACUGCCCUCAGCCUCGCAAAAGAAUCAUCGUCAAGAAAAGUCCCAACCUUCCUCUAUAUAUCCGCCGCAGCGGGUGCCCCCGUCCUCCCAGCGCGCUAUAUCACCACAAAACGAGAAGCUGAAUCCCUAAUAUCCACUACCUUUCCUUCGAUGCGCUCCAUCUUCAUUCGCGCACCCUUCAUGUACGACAGCUCGCGGACUUUCACGCUCCCCAUUGCGGCGGCCGGCGGUAUAGCGAGUAUGGUCAACAGUGCGGUAGGCGGACGACUGACAUGGUUGAUGGGCGCAGGAGGCAUCAAGCCUUUAAAGGCCGACUUGGUGGGUGAAGCGGUUGUAGAGGCAUUGGAGGACAAAGAGGUGAGAGGCCCCGUCGAGGUCCCCGAGAUCGAGAGGUUGGGAACGAGAGCAUGGAGGAAGAAUAUGCUGUGA